AGAUUCGACCAAAAAAAAAAAAACCGGGGUCUUCAGCGAUCCACAUCGGCGACAUCGCUCUCCUCUCAGCUCGUCUCCUCUUCCCUGUUAUUCAAUCAAUUUCGGAGCCCAGAGACAAGUUCCCCUUGUUGUAUACAUAAUGAAUCCGUAGUGUGAAACGUGAAAGAAUACAGACAGGCACGGCCGAUAAUGGCGGAUUUGGAUGAUUUGCUCUUGGAGGCAGCAGGAAGAACAAGUUCGGGGCGGAAAAGCCGGCACUCACAUUCAUCUUCAAAGAGGAGACGUGAUGAUUCAUAUUCUGAUGGUGGAAGUGACUCUAGGGGUGAUGACUCUGAUGAUGGUCGUGGCUAUGCGAGUAGGAAACCCUCAGGAUCUCAAGUUCCUUUGAAGAAGCGGCUGGACCCUUCAGAAGUAGAUGAUGAACGUGACAGCCAGGAUGAAGGUGAUUAUAAUGAUAGUGGCUCUGAUCGUGGGGGUGAGAGCAACGAAUCUGAUGUCGGCAGCGAUCUUUACAAAGAUGAAGAUGACAGGCGAAAGCUUGCGGAGAUGUCUGAACUUCAAAGAGAGCUGAUUCUGUCUGAUAGAGCACAGAAGAAAGAUGAUAAGAGUCUAAAGGAGAAAUUCAGACCAAAGUGGGAUAAAGGGAAGGCUACACAGUCCAGGAAAGUGACUCCGCCUCUCCCAUCUUCUCGAGUGCGCUCCUCAGCUAGAUCUGCUGACAGGGCAGCUGCCAAAGAUGAUGCAUUGAAUGAGUUACGAGCAAAACGUUUGAAACAGCAGGACCCUGAAGCUCACCGUAAAUUGAGAGAUGUAUCUAGAGGAAGUGUGGGGAGUAAGAAUUUCUCACACACCAUCAAGAAGUCUUUCUCUGCUGUCCGUCGGAGUAGCUCUAGUCAGAGUGACAGUGAAAGUCGGUCUCAUAGUGAUGAUGAAGGGUCAAGUGCAGAUGAUGCUAUUGACAGUGAUGAUGAAAGGGGCAAUCAGGGAUUAACAUUUGAAGAUAUAAAGGAAAUUACCAUUCGGAGGUCAAGACUUGCAAAGUGGCUUAUGGAACCAUUCUUUGAAGAAUUAAUCGUGGGUUGCUUUGUACGGGUUGGAAUUGGGAAGACUAAGUCUGGGCGGCCCAUCUACAGGCUGUGCUCGGUCCGUAAUGUGGACUCUUCAGAUCCUGAUCGGCAGUACAAACUAGAGAAUAAAACCACACACAAGUAUCUGAAUGUGGUUUGGGGCAAUGAAAACUCCGCUGCCCGGUGGCAGAUGGCUAUGGUUUCAGACUCUUUGCCUUUAGAAGAGGAGUAUGAUCAGUGGGUCAGAGAGGUGGAGAAAAAUGGUGGCCGCUUGCCAAGCAAAGAGGAUGUGCUGGAAAAAAAGGAAGCCAUAAAAAAAACCAAUACAUUUGUCUACUCAGCCGAAACUGUGAAGCAGAUGAUACAGGAGAAAAAAUCUGCUUCAUCAAGGCCAUUGAACAUUGCGCUUGAGAAGGACCGGUUGAGGAGGGAAUUGGAAAUUGCACAAAGCAAGCAUGAUGAUGCAGAGGUGGAAAGGAUCAAGGCAAGGCUUGAGCAGUUGGAAGCACGGCGACAAUCACAGGGGAAAGAUAGCAAGGCUGUCAGGCUUGCUGAGAUGAACAGAAAGAAUAGAGUUGAUAAUCCUGAUGAACAAAAAGAUGAUGCAGAGGCCAAUGCUGUUGCUGCUGAGUCAUUGGCAGAGGUAGAGACUAAUGGAACAGGAGGAGUAGUAGCAGUACGAGCUGGCUUGGAAGCCACAGCGGCAGCUCUGGAAGCUGCAGCUGGUGCUGGGAAGUUGAUUGAUACGAUGGCUCCGGUUGAUCAAGGAACAUCGUCAAAUCCAUUGCACAAUUUUGAGCUGCCAAUCUCGUUGGCCACACUUCAGAAGUUUGGUGGCCCGCAAGGAGCUCAGGAAGGAUUCAUGGCAAGAAAACAAAGGAUAGAAGCAACAGUUGGUGUCCGAGUACCAGAGGAUGAUGGGAGGAGGCAUGCAUUGACGCUUUCAGUUAGUGACUACAAGAGAAGAAGAGGGCUUCUCUGAAAUGCAAAUGACGCUGCUCGAGCCAAUGCUGUCAUGAAAGAGGCAACAUCAGCUUUCUCGGCAGAAACUGAAUUGGUGUCGCUGGUGAAGGCAAAGCUUAUUCUUUAAAGUUUAAGCUAUAAGAACCACAUUUGUUCCGAUGGUAAUGCACACUAGUAGUGGUUGGUUCUUUGUAUUUCCUGGUAAGUGCAAUUCUGGUUGAUCUGUUAUAUUAUGUUGUAUGAUUAUAAAGUUGAUUAACUUGCAGGACUGCAUAAGAAUAUUGUAUUUUUUUUGG